AUGCAAACUCCUGAUCACUGGUGUCACGUCCCUGGCAGAGAGUUCACCAACUUAACUCUUGAUGAGUGGAAGAGCGCCACUAUCCCCAAACUGGAAAAUCCGGAGCGUAACCUUUUCAAUGCACACACGGACAGAACAACACACGUGGGCAUAAAGGGAGCAGCAGAUGCGUACCAAACAAACUAUACUGCGCCAAAAUACGACCCAAGUCGCGUCGACAAACCGGAGCGCUGCUCCCGGAGCUGGGGUCUGUUCGCUGGACUGCCGCAACUCUCUGUCCCCCGGAAAGCGAUGCUGACUGCCGCCUUGCUCAACGCUCCCUUCUCGGCCGUGCACAACAACUCUUCUCUUGUGGCCUCAGAGGAAGGAGGGACAUUCAGCAAGUGCCUGAUGUACAACGGAAGCGCCCUGGACGGUGCUUCCGAGGUGCCCUGCCAGCACGGCUGGGAGUACGACGACACGUGGUACACUCAGACGGUGCCGUCAGAGAUGAACUGGGUCUGCGACGACAUGCACAUCGUCAGUGACGUCAUGUUCUAUCCACAGAACAUUGGAGCAGUCCUGGGACUGCUGUUAGGCUACAUGGGUGACAUGUACGGACGUCGCCCGCUGCAGUUGGCCUGCGUGGUGAUGCACGUCGUCAGCAGGUUGGCGAUGGUGUUCACUCCGUCACUGAUCGUGAUGUUCGUCGUGGCGGAGUCGCUGGUGGAUGGCGCUGUAGCCGUCAUGCUGGAGUCGGCGGUAUCUGUGGUUUCCUGCAGGUGGUUCCCCGAGUCGCCGCGCUGGCUGACGUGCAAAGGGCGCGAGGAGGAGGCGCUGGGCGUGCUGCGGCGGGUCGCGGCCACCAACGGCUCCAGCCUGCCGCCGUUCACCCUGCAGGUGCUGCACCGCGUGGCCAAGGCGAAGCGGGACCGCGUCGGCUACCUGGGCAUCUUCUCCAGCUGGAACCUCUUCAAGAACACCCUCCUGCUCGCCAUGGCCAGGUCCCUGUGCUGGAUGACGGUAUUAGCGCUGGUGCUGAGCGUGGGCAUCAUCAGCGUGAACCCGCUGGUGGCGGUGUCUGCUCAGGCCGUGGCGCAGGCGGCGUCUGUACUGCUGCAGCACUACUGUGGGAUCCACUUCGGGCGCCGGUGGUCCAGCGUCGCGUGUCUGGGGCUGGUCGGCCUCCUGGGUGCACUCUGUGUCGUACUGCUCACAGGCUACCUGCCAUCUCUUGUGAAUGAUGAGUGCUACAGUGAUUUACAACCAACUGAAGCAAAAACGCUACAGUUUUGUUUCAAUGGAAGAGUUGGUGUUCCGAGUGUCGCCAUGGCAGUGGUAAUGAUGGUCAUGCAGUUCUGGUCGUCGGCUGGUUCAGCUGUCAUCAACCUUCAGAGCAUCGAGUUGCACCCCACGUGUCUGCGACAGAUCACCGCCAGCGUAGAGUGCACGGUUGCUGGUGUUUGCAUGUCUCUUGUUCCGUACAUCGUCUUUCAGGGAGGCUCGGUGGACCGUAGGCUGCCGUUCGCCAUCUUGUCAGCGAUGCACCUGCUGGGAGCGCUGUCGGUGUCGUUCCUGCCGGAAACUGCGCUGCAGAGGCUGCCGGAGUCUCUGCAGGACGCCGCCGAGUUUGGCAGAGGGCGUCCCUACUGGAGCUGGAGACUCAUCGCCCCGCCGUCAUACGUUCAGGGACAAUAGGCGCCCUCAGUUGCGGUCCAGUCUCCCAUUUAGUCUCACAUGCUUAAAACUGAGGAACAACUUGUCUACU